UAACCAAAGUCGGUUUUAUGUGAGAAGCAAGACUAGUUUUUGCGAUUUCAAUCUCAUAGAUUCCCCAACUCGUCCCUUAACCAUUUGUCAAGUUUCGACUUCAAGAGAAAGAAGGUUUUGAAUUCAUCCAUUGACACCAUCAUCAGAAUCGCCAUCUUCUUAUUCUUGUGUUUCGUUUGUUCCUGGGAAAUGGGUUCUCCAAGAAUCACGAUUCUAAGACUAAUACUGUUCUUUACAAUUUCAAUUAUUAUAACUGGAAAGGUUGAGUGCAAGGGGUUAGAAUCACCACAAUACACAGUAGUGCAUUCAGAAUCUGAUUUUGAGGUGAGAUUUUACAGGGAAUCAGCUUGGAUGACUGCCCCUGUUGACGAAAUCUCCUUUGAGAAAGCUACCAAAGAUGGCUUCCACAGAUUGUUCCAGUUCAUAGAAGGCGCAAACUUGAACUUCUCUAGGAUACCAAUGACUGUCCCCGUCUUGACGAGCAUUGUCCCAGGAGCUGGUCCUCUUCACUCAUCGGCAUACUUUGUCAAAUUUUAUCUGCCUGAGAAGUUCCAGGCCACCCCACCCCUUCCUCUUCCCGAACUGAACCUUCAACCCGACUGGUGGAAAAGUCGGUGCAUUGCUGUCAGGAAAUUUUCAGGAUUUGCAAGGGAUAACAAUAUCGUUAAAGAGGCCAAGAAACUUGCCCUCAGUUUGAGUAGGUCUGAGUGGGCAAACACAACUUCUACUGAGAGUGAAUAUGCUUACUCUAUUGCACAGUAUAAUUCCCCUUUUAGGUUCAUUGGUCGUGUAAAUGAAGUUUGGGCGGAUGUUGGUGGAUCUGAGGCAAAUGGUUGCAAGUCCCGUCUCUCGGCUGCAUACUGAAGCUUCAUUGGUUGUGUAAAUGAAGUUUGAGUGGAUGUUUGGAUCUGAGGCAAACAGUUGGAAGUCCCGUCUCUUAGCUACAUACUGAAGCUCAUCCAAGUAACUUUCUGUUGUUUUCCUUCAUAGUGUUGUGCUUCUAACUAGGGAGUUCGGAGCAUUAUUAUGGAAGGAUUAAGUUUGUGUUUCCUCAAAAUAUCACUCACUAGCACGCGUACAAGCAGGAGAAUUUUCACCUAAUCUAAGGUGGCAAUUUCUGCUGAAUCUUCAUGUAAAUUAUGUGUUGGACAAACUUUCUUGUUGCUAUGACAUCUUGAUUUGCAAAACCUAUGUUAUCAUGUUCUUGAUCCACA